CGACCAGCAGCCCCAAUCUGCCAGCGAGUAAGCACAGACUGACGACGUUCAAACAAUAGGCGGGCUCUGCUACCGUUCCAUGACAGAGGAUCCACCUAUCGCACGCGCAUCAAUCUCCAUCGUCGACGGGAAGCAUAUGGUGGGUCCACCAGACCAGUCACUCUCGGACGGGUCUGCCCGACAUGGGCUCGCGACGCACGACGGCGGAGGCGUUGUGCGCGUCGUCGUUGGCGACCAGCAGCACCUCCAGCCCAACGUCGGCCGUCAGCUCGACCUCCAAGGCGGUGGGCAGCACAACAGCCACGCCGCUCAUGCAUACACGCAGGGUCGCAGCCAGCCGCCGUCUGCCUCCCCAAAUGCACCAACCUCCCACUCUCUCACCGAUGUUAAUGGCAACCGUUGGACCGUCCCACCCGGUCAGCCCGUCCUGCACCUCCCCACCGGCCUCCAUCCACCGUAUGCGAUGAUGCAGCCGCCCCCGCCGCCUGUCCAGCAACAACAACAACCCUCUCGCGCCCCGCGGCACACCGGCGGUCGCACGUCCCAGCCGUCUGCCUCCGCGCCGGCAUCAACGUCUGCAACGACAACACCAACAACGAACACUACAACCACCAUGCAGCCUCCGCUGCCACCCGAGGACCCGGAACAUAUUGGGCUACAACUCGCGCAGGUUAUUUCACAACUCCAAUCAGACAGAAAUACUAUGACAGAACUAUUACAUCGCCGUGCUCAUCAUCAGUUCAUCGUCGAUGUCAAUCAGGAAGCCGUGAAUGCGAUCGAAGAACAGCUCGCGCCUCUCAGGGAACGCCUGCAAAAGGCAGCGGGACUUUUCAGACCAGAGCACUUCACCGGCCUCACACCAGAGGACGGAGGAGGAGGGAUUUUCACAAGCUCAUUGACAAAUCCGAAUGGUGCGGGGAACGGACAUGGGGAACCUGCGGCGAACAUUUCUGCCAAUGGUAAUGGAACAUCCACUGGCAAAUCGUCCAAAAAUCGCAAGUCGAAAUCCAAUACAAACGCCAACGCUCACCAAGCGCCUGCACCUGUUCGAAACGGCCCCAUCCCCAUAUCAUCUGCCGAUAUCAUGGCAUCUGCAACCGCCGCAUCCACCCUCCCAUCUUCCUACCAGGGUAUCCUUCGCUUCGACAACCCUGCGUCAACUCCGAGUGCGGCACCAUUGUCUAUCAACUCUACUGGGACCAGCGUCUCCCGAAAACGGCCGCGCGAGUCACCCUCCCUCGCUGUCCAGUCACACGUGGCGAUCUUUGGCCAUCCACCGGUAGGCACUGCUGCCUACCAGCUUGAGGACAUGGACGACGGCGACGAUGAUGAUAGCAACAAGAAGGCCAAGAGGGCGACUGCGAUCCCGUUCAAUGACGACGAUAAACAUGACAUGAUCCAGUAUCUGAGGGUGGUGGGCCAGGGGAAGACCACAGCCAAGUUCUGGCAGAAUUUUGCGGAUCUGCAUCCACGACAUUCAGCGCUCUCUUGGGCGAUCUAUUAUAAGCGGCAUCGUGCCGAAAUUGAACCCAACGGCAUGCCCUCCAACUCUCCCGAAGAUGGCACAGCGAACAACUCCAUGGUCAACUCGCUUGCGAACGGGGUCGAUGUGACUGGUUCUGUAACUGGGGAUUUGGGGGGCGGUGUGGGCGGUGGACUUGGUGGAGGGGACGAUGACGCUCAGGCCCAGCUACUGAGCUUGCUCGGUGGGGAAGGGAUGGGUCAAAGUGUUGGCAUGGGUGGUGGAACGGGGUGAUCCUAGCCAAAGGAUGCUGGCUCAACCCAGCCCGUAUCCUAUAUGUGUGGAAGACCGAAAGUGGACGUGGACGAAGGCGAGGAUGUACGAAACGAACGAACCGGAUACCCUGCUAGGUCAGCGGUGACGAAAAAUUGGCGUGCCCUGCUGUCGGACGCCGAAAGGAAUGUAACCAUAUGUCGACUCUCUGUGCCUGUUCCUCUCUUGGUGCUUUCUGUUGUUGUUUUGUGGCGGCCGUCGAUUGGUCUGUUCUGUUCUGUGGUGUGUUGUUCGGGGAUUGCCGCUUGUAUAACUAGCCCGAGUUGAGGAC